CCCUGAAAAGUGAAGACUGACCCCAAACUCCCAAAGGAGGAAAAUAAACAAGAACAGCACCCUUCCUCACUUCCCCCCUUCUUCAAUUCUUCUCCCUCUCUCCUUCCUCCAUAGAUUUUGGAACCAUAAACAAUGAAUCAAAGAUCAUCACUUUCAAUCUACACUUUACUUGGCAGAAACCCUUUAAUCUCCUCAAAGAAACCCACAUCUACCUUCCUCUUUAAAUUACUCGCACCAAUUUCUACCCACACAUGUUCACCCUCAGUUACUUCAAACCCCACUUCAAAUUCCCCCUAUUUCAAUCACCCAUCAACCUUAAUCUCUCAAUUCAGGACUUACCGUGCAGAUUCAUCUGAAGAUUUUGACAAAAACAAGAUAGUUGACGAGAUUAACCUGAAAUUUGCUGAAGCAAGGGAAGAAAUCGAGUCAGCUAUGGAUUCUAAAGAGACUGUUUACUUCAAUGAAGAAGCUGAGUGUGCUAGGACUGCUGUUAAGGAAGUUCUGGACUUGUAUGAAGGCUUAUUGGGGAAGUUAAAGGUUGAGGAGAGAGGAGCCUUGCAGAGGUCUAUGGGGCUCAAGAUUGAGCAGCUUAAGGCCGAGCUUCAGCAAUUAGAUGAUUGAUUACGAUUAGAUUAUCCGAGCUCAUCAGUGAAGUUGACGGUUCAUACAAAUUAGAGUUGUUCGUGGGUGCUAGCUUGGUAUUGAUAGUGGAAAUUGGCAGCAUGGAAACCAUAAAUUAUCGACGUUCCUCUGUUUGGCAAUAAGGAUUAGUUAUUGUAAUGAAGAAAGGGAAUGAUAAUUGGUGGAAAUUGAAAACGAAAUGUCUAUUAGAUCUAAAGAGAUGUGAGAUUCUCCGGUAUUUAGGUGGGUUAUUUUUUUAUUGAGAAGCUAAGCGUUUGAUUCUUUAUCCAUUGAUUUUCCUUUUGAAUUAAACAAAGAAGAAAAAACAAAUGAUGUUGGAGAAUAAAAAAGUAAGUAAUUGGAUAAAUUGAAAAUUAUAAUUAAUAAUACAAUUUAAUUUAUA